AUGGUCAUCCUAGAGGUGGUGGAGGCGCCGCCGGGAACCACAGUCAGUCCUCGGAUUUCCUUCUCAGCUGAUUUCCUCAACGACUGCAACAAUUUCAUAACAAUCAACCCUGAAUCUUGUCUAGCAGAAAAAGAGAUCAAACAGAGGUCAAGAAACCCGGAUUUCGAAUUCCUUUCUGGGGAUUUAACGAGUCAUCUGACUAUAAGUACGGCGGAUGAGCUUUUCUUCGAGGGAAAACUACUACCCUUUUGGGAUAAUCGACAAAUUGAGAAACAGGGGAAGAUGGGUAUGGAAGAAAAGAAUGUUGGAGUGGAGAAAGAAGAAGAAGAAGAUGUUGUUGUUGUUAAGAAGGUGGAAGAGAGUAGAAUGAAUUGGUUUGUUGACGAUGACCCAUCUCCUCGGCCACCAAAAUGUACUGUUUUGUGGAAAGAAUUGUUGAGAUUGAAGAAGCAACGGGCUCCGACGUACCUGUCGCCGUCGCCGUCGUCUUCGUCGGAGAAGACAACGAAAGGGUUAGAAAGGAAUAGGUCAGGUACUUUGAGAAUUAGGCCUAUGGUUAAUGUUCCAAUUAGUACUCAUGGGAAAUCAAAUACUCUGCCUUCAUUGUUUCCUCAGAAGCAGCCUCAAGGAGGAGGAGGAAUUAGGAGGCACAAAUAGUUCUUUCUUUUCUUUGAUUCUUUAUGUUUUGGUAUAAUAUGAGUGAGUAGUGGUUUCACUCUGCAAUAUCUAGAUCAAUGAUGAUGAUCAUGAUUGAUAAAUGAUAAUUUACCCACAAUCUGUCUUUGAUGAUAUUGUUAUUAGAAUAAUAUUUUAUUGAGAAGAAUGCUAAAAGAUGAUCAUUUGAACUUGGUUGGAUUGUUCUUGAUGUUCUUAGAUUACUUGACCUAGUCGAUGGGUUGUAAAGAGACCAUUUAAGCUUCUAGUAAUUGAAUUCUUGGUCGAAGUUGAUUAAGGUAAUGUUAGCUUCUUUGAAUAAAUAGUAAAUUAUU